AUGGCUAACAGGGGCCGAGAUGUCGAUCUUCAGGUCACUACUUUGAGCUUGAAGAACGCAUUGACUGCGAACAGAGAGUUACAAAAACAACUGACAACACAGCUGCAAAAGAUUCUAAAGCAAAAAGAGGAAAAUCGAAAAAAGGCAGCCCAAUGUGUCAAAGAGCUGGCCUCUGUAGAUCUCCGCCAACAUCCAGAAAUGACAUUUAAAAGGAAGGCUCCCAAUGAAUCUCAAAUAAAGGCCCUCUUUCCAGACGAAGAUCCCUUUAGUGUGAGGCGGAGACGGGCCUUUCGUUACGAUGAAAACAGAACGUGGAAAUUUGAAUACUGGACAGACCCAACGGGUUCCACGCCUACAGAAAAUCAAGAUACCCUGAAGAGACGUCGUUUUGAAGCACUCGACACCGGACAAGAUGUAACGAAGGCAAAACCACAAAAGAAAACCGAGCAAAUGUUCUCCAAAACGGAAUCAAAUCUUAUCAUGAGGGAAGGAACGAAGGGUGAAGAGACAGACUGGUCGGAGAUAGCUGCCAAGCUAGAAGAUCGUACGGCUUUCGAAUGUUUGAAACACUUUCAUCAGAAGAUAAAAGAAGGCAAGGCAUCUGGUAAAGAAAAACCGUCGCAAGAUGAAGUUGUGGAUGCCACAAUCUUGAACUAUGUCGCACUCCAUGGCCCUCAAUUUGUUUGGGAUCUUCCUUCGAUUGCACAUUGUUCCGCGCUGGUGGGCGGUGGCAAGUUUAGUCAUAGGCAAUUACGUAUACGAGCCAAUCUGACACAACUCAAUCCCAAUUACAACAAAUCCACGGAGACUUUGAAACAGUUUUGGCACAAGGACGAAGAACGUAAGCUAGUCAUUGCCAUGAAGGUCUACAAGAAUCAAGCCAACCCAAUACAAAUGGCCAGCACCCACUUUCCAAAUCGGCCGACGCCGUAUAUUGCCAAAAAGUGGGAGCGCACCUUGAAGCCGAAGAAGCAAAGGAAGGGAAGACAGUUGGACUCGGAUGAUGAAACGUGA